AAAAAAUGGAGGGAAAAUUUUGGUUUUGUUCUUUCUUGAUAAUUUUUUGUUUUGUUUUUUACGAGUUUUAAUUCAAGCUAUCGAAACUGAGAGUCUGAGCCCAAGUCCUUUUCUACUGGGCCUCUCAAACCAAAGUUGGGCCCAAUACCUAUUCACGGUUCCCAAAAGAACAUCCUCCACCGUUAUACCUUUACCUUUUGAAAUUCUGAUCAAAGCCUCUCAACCGCCCGAUCAUUCCCUCCUGCAGAUCGAAAUCAAUGGCGGUGACUACGCGGUCUUCGCCAUCGCUUACAUUGCUCUUUCACCUCCUUCUCCUUGCCACGCCACCACCGUCGCAAUCCCUGUCUUAUUCCCAAUACCGGAGCCUCUUCUCGCUCGCUCACUCGCUCAUGGCGCGCGUGGCCAAUCUCCGAGCCGCGCGUGGCGACAUCUCGGGGGCCAACAGAGCCAGAGUCAUGGCAGAACAGUUGGAGCGAGGGCUGGGGUUGGGGUUCUGGGGCUACGUUUGGUCGGCGGGUUGGGACUACACGAAGAACUACGCUUGGAGAGACUUAUCUUAUACGGAGCUGUACGGUGCCGUUUCAGACGCGAACGAGUUGCUGAGGUGGCUGGGUGAGUUGAGCGGUGCAAGAUCGGAAGCAGCUCGGGCGGCCUGGGUGAGCCGGAAUUAUCAAAAUGUGGCGAGGGUGUCGAGCUCGCUGCUGCGGAAGCUGCUCAAAGUGUUCCGACAGUCGGGGAUGUUGAGGGAGUUGGUGGAGACAGUUCAAAGAGAAGUGGUGGAUGGCGGAUUAUUGAGGGAUUGCCUUGAAUUGGGAAGCAAUGACUUGAAAGGCAUUUGCAUUAGCAACUAGGCAGUUGAAGAUAAACUAUUGGUACUGAAAUAUGUUCCAUGACCUGCCUCCAUCAUCACAACGCAACCGAUUAGUGGCUCUCCAACAACAACAACCAAAAAAAAAAAAAAAAAAAAAAAAGCGAAGGAUUAGUGAAGGUUUUGUUGUUUUGGUAACUUUUGUAGUUUAUUUGUUUUUAAUUAAAUUGCCCUCUCAAGAGAAAAAAAAAAAUAUAUUUAUUACCUUCAAGCCAUGACCUAGCGUGCAUAAAUUGUGACCAGUAAAACCAAAUUGGUCCUUGAGGAUUUUGUUCUUAGAUUUGAUUCACUUGCUUUGUAAUGUUUCUUUCAUCCAUUAUUAGA